AAUAAAUGUAUUAUCUAUGCCUUGUGUUGAGUUUGUUUUGAAAUUUAUUUCAAAUUUAAAUUAAUAAGUUACGUCUUAAUAUGUACAUAAACAUAAAAUGUUGCGCUGUAUUACAAAAAAACUGUUGAUCACAGUAACUGUGUAGAAAAUGUGAUUAAAUUAAUAGAAAGGAAGAAAAUUCCGUGCCACGAAACACAAACAAGCGUUUGUUAACAAUCUAGAAUAUCUAUAUAACAAGUACAUAAUUUAUUUAAUACAUUUGUGUGCUCCAGGAUAACAUAAAAAUGCCCAAAACAAAUAACGAUUAUUACGAUGGAAGUCACUUUUUUUUAUUUCUCUCCUCAAGAAUAGGACUGCCUAUAGAUCUUGCAAGCCAUACACAUGUCCGUGCUUCCAAUGUUAAAUUAUGCUCUGUUCAAGACUGUCCCUCAUCACAUAAUGGGGAACCUAACUCUGGCAGCUUCCAUGAUAUAUCUUUCGUGUUUGCAUUUACAUCGACAAAUAUACCACACUGCUGAUUAUACACUAGACAUAACAGGGCCGUUAAUGGUGAUAACACAGCGGGUGACGUCAUUAGCCUAUUCUCUUCAAGAUAGCCUGACUAGCCAGGAAAUCAACGAUAACGUAGUUGGCCAUUCUAGCAACGUAGAAUAUAGGAUUGAAAAAAUUCCAUCGCCUUUAGAAUAUUUUGCGUACACAUUAGCAUUUCAGACGCUAAUGUGUGGCCCCGUUGUUUUCUACCCAGACUACAUUAAUUUCAUAGAAGGAGCACGGAUUGACAAAAAUGAGAAAAAUAAAGAUGAACCGGAACCGUCUCCGCGGCGUGCUGUUGUCUACAAAAUGGCAGGAUCCGUGGGUGCUGCAUUGUUGUAUCUUUCACUCGCUAAAAAGUACCCUCUGACUGCUUUGGAAGAAUUGACUGAUCCGACGUCGGAGGUGUCACAGUCGUGGUCAGCAUUGUACCUGCUGUGGUAUGCAUAUUUGUCGACUCUGGUUGUGCGAUGCAAGUACUAUCAUGCUUGGUUAUUGUCCGAGGCGAUCUGCAACAACUGCGGGAUGGGUUUCAAUGGAUUCAGCACAGACGGCACCCCGAAAUGGGAUAAAAUGUCGAAUAUUGACGUUUUUGGUUUUGAGUUUGCCCAAAAUUUUCGCACUGCCGUAGCCAGUUGGAACAAGAACACGAAUUCGUGGCUCCGCGGUGUAGCUUACGAACGCGGCGGAAAAGCGUGGCGCACGGCUCGUGUGUACGCACUCUCUGCCGUCUGGCACGGCUUCCAUCCGGGAUACUAUCUCACCUUCUUCGCUGGGGGACUCUUCACUGUUGUGGCGAAAAAGGUUCGAUCGGUAGCACGUCCUAUGUUUUUGGGCAGUCGUUCGAAAAAGCUGUUCUAUGAUUUCCUGACUUUCAUGACGACACGCAUCGCGAUGACGUACGCUACAGUGCCCUUCGUGUUGCUGCACUUAGCUCCCAGCCUCGCAUUUUACGGGAAAUUUUACUAUUCGCUGCACUUCAUUGCAUUAGGAGCAUUGCUACUACCCGAAAAGUCGGCAGGUAUUCCAGUUACUGUAAAAAGUAAUGAGAUCGCAAACACGUGCUCCAAUGCUGCUCACGAUUCAUCGUCAAAGGAUAUUUACGGAAAAUUAAAUGGGAAAAUGAAAAUAUCCUAAAAAUAUUCCAUUCCAUUAAGACAUCACACGGUACCUACACUGAAUUCGAUCUGCCCUGCUACUAAAUUCCUGAAAUCUCAUUAAGAUCAGACUAUUCGCGUCUAAACAAUUUAUAUUAAGAUGCUAUUGGCAUAUCAUUUUUAUUUUAUUAGAACUUCUUGGCCCCAUAGUCUUGCAUGGACUACGCGUAACGUUCGGGAUUAAAUUGAGGUACUUAUAUCGGUCCAUAUAAAAUUCAAGGGAACACAUGAGCCAUUUAGUUCGGCCCAAAAAUCAAGUUUCCUUUGACGCCCUUUAAGAUCAUGCUGUCCGAGAGUGACGGGCCAACGUGAUGCGCUGCUUUGUGCUCUAUAAAACUGAUUUUCACCUCCUAGCCUAUAAUGAAGAGUUGAACAAAAUUCGCCUUGUUAAGGUAUAUGGUAGACUCGCAUUUCAUCGUAUUAUAAGCGGCACGGAUCUCUAGCGCUAACAUAUACGUACGCAGAAGUGAAUUUUGGUAAAUGGCGGUAUAAAGAUAGGCCACGUGGGCGGACCAAUAUUGACCAAUAUUAUCCAUAAAUGAACUAAACAUCAACAUGUCGAUAAAAUUUUACUUAUGUUUCGAAUUUAUAAAAUAUAUAUUUAAAAUUAUCAUUAUUCUUUACUAUCAUUUUACAUGUUACUCUUCUUUUUACUACAUAAAUAAAACAGAAAACUAUAGUUAAAAUUCAAAUAUAUUUUUUAACAGAGGUGACCGAAGCACAGACCAUGCCCACUAUCAUAGAACGUUUAAAUAUGUACAUAAUUAUAUACACGACGCGUGCAUGUCGCAUCUCGUCCCGUAAGGCAGAAAAUUGUUUGUAGAAUAUAAGGACAUAAAAAAACGGGUUUAGCCAAGCUCAGCACAGCACAGUUUGUUUCAAUAAUUUAAUCAAUAGAAUAUUUUAAUCGACUAUACCACCAGACUACGGAAGCCGUGAAACGCGUAGCUCAUUUAAGGCAUGAGGAAGUAAAGAGAUUUUCUUCACAUAUUACAUUAAAUUAUUAGAUGCACACUAAAAUAAUAUGUGAACAAAAGC